UGCCAGUAUCCACGUUGGGGCAGUCUCAUUCAACAAGUCUAACCAUGGAGUUCAAAGGAGUUUGUCUGCUGCUGGGAGUGCUACUACUGGUGAAUUGCUCAUUUCAACAGAGUUCACCAAGGAGGAAGCCCGUGAAAAAAGAUGUGGGUAAGGAUGCUGCCGUCGAGGAGCUGCAGAAACAGAUUGAUAACAUCGUUAUGGAGCUCAACCUGCUGAAGGAACAGCAGGCCUUGCAGACAGUCUGUUUGAAAGGCAUUAAGAUCCAUGGCAAGUGUUUCUUGGCUGAACCUUUGAAGAAGCGCUACCACACAGCCAGCGAAGACUGCAACGCCAUGGGUGGCAUCCUCAGCGCACCUUCAUCCGCUGAUGAGAACAAAGAGCUCAGCGACUACGUCCGAAAGAGCAUCGGCCCAGAUGAGAAGGUUUGGCUGGGCGUCAACGACAUGGCAACCGAGGGCAAGUGGAUAGACCAGACUGGGUUAAGCGUUACCUACAAGAACUGGGACACGUCCAACUACCGGUCCCCUCAGCCAGACGGCGGCCAGUCCCAGAACUGUGCCGUGAUGUCUGCAUCCUCCGGUGGGAAGUGGUUUGAUGAGAACUGUCGUGAGGAAAAGCCCUCCGUCUGCCAGUUCAAUAUUGUCUGAGCACAUAUCUAAUCACAGACUUGGCGCAUGGUUAUAGCUGCUUUGUGUUGUGUAUUCUUUCUGCAAUGCCACUUUCCCUGGUAUCCUAAAAGGAGUUUGUAAACCAGUGGUUCUCAACUAGUUUUACCUUGGGACCUGGAUCUGAUCUUGAAGUCUCAGACAGUAACAUACAAAGUUGUUUUGUGUACCAAAUGGGGUCUGGGGAUAUUCGAUUUACUUGAGUGGAUUGUAUCUGUAGGUUUUUAAGGUUCAAACACAUGGCUGAAUGGUCCUCCAACUGUUUUAUUUUUUGUACAUAGCAUUCCCUGUGGUCACAAUAAACCAAGAGAGAACAUAGUUUAGGCAAGAAAAGGCAAGGGAUUGUGGGACAGGAUCACUUCCAAAAGCACCAGUAACCUCUGUGUUCUUUUCACUGCAAAAUAGCCUAUUUACUGCAGGCCUCAUAAAAAACACAGUAUGUUAAUUUUUCCAACAAU